UUCCUCAGAUUGACAUUGCCUGACAUCUGAAGAUUGCUACAAUGCCACGUACUCGCUCCCAAGCGAGCGUGUCUCCGCUCGUCUCUCUCGACGCUCCACGUCGGCGAAGAAAAGCUACAGCCUCGUCACUAGAUGCUGACGACCAGGAAGAACCGAAAACAAAAAUGAACCGCGUACGCAAAACAAAAAAAGCAACAGUUUCACGAGGCGAAUUGCUUGAGGAGGAAGCUUUACAGAAAAACAGUGAGAACCCAUAUCCAAUUACCCCAGUGCACCAGGAACCCAAGGACUCCAAGGAAGUACCCAAGGACAAGGAAUCUACCAUAUCAACAAACACUAUGAAUAAGGUCGUCGACGACUCUCCGUCUCUUUCUGAUUGUGGUGUAACGCCUUGCUCUCCACCGGCUAUGAAGAGGGGUUCAUUCAAGCGCGCUUUGAUAAACGUCAAGGCAGUUCUGAAGAAGCCUACGGAAUCCAUUCGCCUAAGGUUUAAAAACCUCAAAAAAGCGCGUACCUUAAAAGAGGAUUCUCGAAACAAAACAAUAACCAUUGCAGAUGCGACCGGGUCUCAAUACUCUUUUACUGAAGAUGAAAUUCUAGAGUCAGCCAUGAAUAUUCUCCUCAGUCGCAUGGAUAGCGACUAUUUCGACAACGCGUCUUCUGCGCCGGCCUUGCGCUGUCCUUGCUGCCAGGGCUCUUUGGAGUGUCCCGAAGGGCAUGAUCUUGCCUCCUGGGUCCCAAACGACUUGAAGGAAUCAAUGAAUGCUUUGCUAACCAAUUUUUUUGCUGAAGGAAUCUGCAAUUCUUCUGAAGAGGAAGAAGAAGCCCGCGAAGCCGACGAAAGGCGACAAUUCGAACAUCAACGACAGGUUGAAGAAAAGCGCAUGGCUGAAGAAAAUCUUCAAUCUGAAAUACGCAAAGAUAAAGAGAAAGGGCAGGCAAAACCCAAGGCCAAAGAUGCCGAAUCCUUAUCGAAACAAAAGGGCAAAAAGCGCUCACGAGAGACCAAUGAUCAUGAAAACCACGACGAUGAUCAACCUAUUUCUCAGCGUCCACGUCUUACACCCGCAAAUACACCAUACAAACGUCGCGCUACAACCACACCUCGACGCAAAUUGACUUACGCUGAGAUACGGCAACGUACCAGAGACCGCGAAGAAGGAAACGGUCCACCCUCCAUGUUUCGUUUAGAUCAAGCGAUCGCGCACCACGAAGCACAGGAGAAAGCUGAAGUAGCUGCUCGUCAGGCUGCUGAGGAAGCUGCUGAAGCAGAACGAAUCCAAAAAUUUUCACGUGCCGAAAUGGAGCGCCAUACAGUUGCCGGCCCAAUUCCUGAAAAUGCUCGUAACCCUCUCCAAAUUCCUAUCUUUAGAGAUGAAACCCAGGACUCUGAAACACCCGACAUGCCUGAUACACCUGGCUCUAGUUCUUGGGGCUUCCAGGUCCGCAAUAUUUUAUCUUCUGUGAGCGGUUCCGUAAGACGGUUUGUUCCGCGUUUUAGAAAUGUCACAGACCAGGCAGUCCCUUUUGGUAAGGAAUCGAGAAAUCCUUCUUUCGCCUCCAAAACCCUGCUAACUAUGAUUACUUAAGUUGCUGGGGGGGUGGAACAUCCACCACCCACGAUCGUCCUGUGACUGACUCAGCACAGACAGACGACUCGGAUCAAACUUUGAGCGGCAAUAUUCGUAGCACUGCUGGGAUUGGAAGGACUGGUGACAAGAGCACUGCCGAUUUGAC